ACCCACUGUGUACAAUGCGGUGUAUGAAACUUAAUGAAACUAAUAGCUCUAGCCGCGUGAAUCAAAGGAUUUUUUUUUCCUUUAGAUAAAAAGUGCCCUGAGGCACGAGGAACAUCUUCGUUGGUUGAUCAGUUGAUGGUGGAUCAGUUGAUCAUACUGGAUCACACUUCACACAGUUGAUCAGCAGGGGGAUGCAGAUUAAAUCUUGGGGUCUGAGCUCUGAACAUUCUGAGUACUCUGAGAGUCUUCGUUUUGGUCGCAGUGAGUAAGUCGGUUAUGGUCGUAGUGUUUUCACUCGAGACGUUGCUCGAUGCUCGACGGUGAAGCGUGAGUGAAUACAUCGCAACGUCGUAUCGGUCGGUGGCGAUUACGUCGAUUGACUGCUGCUGGUUGUGAUUGCCAGCUCGAUCACGGUGGAUGAGCGUCUCGCACACUUGGAAUGAGAUCGCCGUUGUCACAGAGUCUCACCGGGUUACGACAUCGUCGCAAAUGACACAGGCUCGGCUACCAGGUUGCGGAAUUCCAUUCCGCCGGGCGCUCGUUUUUUCGAUUAGGAAAUAUGCCCUGUAAAAAAAUAGGGGACAUGAGGAGCAACGCGACGGUCUUUCGUCGUUGAUCCGUCGCUAGGACAACGUAUUUUAGGAAAAACGCACGACUCCGAUGCUGAGAAUAUUCCUCUACUUUCUUCACUACUCGACAGAUCUAUGAAUACGGUCGACACGCCGUAUUAUCUCACGACAAGUCAGUCUCAAGCGAAGACCGAGGAACCAUAACAGAUAUGUAACAAUAAGCUUUCCAUCAAGACUGCCAAUGUAAGACUGAAUUACUGAUGCAUGGCAUAAUUAUCUUUGAUGUCAAGUACGGUCAGCAUCAAUGGGAAACUGUUUUUCGUGCUUCAAGGUGCCACUUCCACCAUCGACCAGUACUGAUCACACGAUUGUAUUGGAGCACAAAGACGAUACGAUGGAACUCAGAGGUUUGUUCCCAAAUUCUUGCCAACAAUCCAGUUCUUUUGUGCCUGAAACACAUGUAAAUGGGAACAGAAAAUCCACAAGUAUGCUACCUACAUUUAAUAAUGUAGGUUCGGAUAAUUGUGGAUCUGUACCUAAUGUACAAAGUAAUCUGCGUUUAUCGCGAGGAUUCUAUGCGCGAUUACAACCAUUAGGACGAUCCAAUACAUCAUCGGGUCUUAAUUUAAGUACUGAAACUAGGCAGCAAAAGGAACCUUCAGAGAGCAAACUAAACGCUCUAUUUGAUCAAUACAAGGAUCCUCAUGAAGAUGUAAUAUUAGCUGACGGUAUAGAAAGACUCUGUAAUGAUUUACAAUUAUCACCCGAUGAAUUUAAAGUACUUGUGCUUGCAUGGAAGUUGAAUGCAGAGCAAAUGUGCCAAUUUACGCGUCAGGAGUUUGUCACAGGAUUAAAAACGAUGAAAGUCGACAGUAUACGUGGUGUACAGGCACGAUUGCCUGAGAUCGUUCAAGAAUUAACGAUCAAUAGUGAUUUGUUCAAGGAUCUCUAUCGAUUCACAUUCCGAUUUGGCCUCGACGUAAUGUCUGGUCAAAGAAUCUUACCAGUUGAUAUGGCGAUUGAUCUUUGGAGACUCGUCUUUACGAUACGUGAACCUCCGCUCUUAUCGCGAUGGCUAAACUUUCUAGAAUGUCAUCAUAUCCGGGGAAUACCUAGGGACACUUGGAAUAUGUUUCUAAACUUUGCCGAGAGCAUCGGAGACGAUCUUGGUGCUUAUGAUGAUGCAGAAGCGUGGCCAAGCUUAUUUGAUGACUUUGUAGAGUACGAAAACGACCAAAUGAACCAAAAUAUUACUAAGGAUGACAUUAUGAAAGAUACUUCUAUUGACAAAGCUUAAUGUUCUUGUUCUAAAAAAAAUGACAGUGAGAAGCGAAAGGUAUUAUCUUAAAUCUAAUAUUUCAACAAGUUCAUUUGACAUUAUCCUGCGAUCAUCAUUUUAUUCUUAUCUAUCACUAUGAUUGAGGAAGUGAUAUUCCUAAUUAUUAUUGUCAGCCUUUUUUAGAUCUAUUUGUUAUUGCGUCGUUUUGUUUGUACUCGGUAUUCUACUUCCUAAUGUAAAUAUAACUGAUUUUGUGUAAUAUUUAAUUGCGCGUAUAAUAAUUGUGUGCAUAUGGAUACGCGCGCGCGCGUGUGUGUGUGUGUGUGUGUGUGUAUGAUUAAGUAAUUCGCGAGAAAUCUCCAUAUUUUAAUGUACUAGCAGCAAAUUACAUAUUAUUAUGUAUUUGUUUUGUAUGAACCAGCUACGUUUAUUAUCAAAGAUGUAUUUUUACACUUUAUCUCCGAACUCGAUACGAUUUGCACUUCUCGGCCGAUUUUCGACUCAACUUCGCCUUCCGCUGCUCUUUUCACUUCAUCAUUCCGCGCGCAAUUUAAAUACUGCUCGACGAUUAGAAGCGUAUAAUUAAAUUCUAUCUUUUCUUUUUCGUUCAUUAUAUAACUAAGCAUCGAGCGGCAUUUGGACUGCGCGCAAGGUGAUGAGGUGAGAAGAGUAGCGAAAGACGGAACCGAAUCGGCCAAGAAAUGCAAAUCGUGCCGAGCGCUGCUUCAUCUGACCAUAAGCCUGUUUUUUUUUGGCUGAACUUUUGCACUCAGGAGGAAAAAUGAACUAGUGCAAAAGUUUAGCCAAAAGAACAGGCGCGCGCGUGCGUGAGAUUAUGGAAAAAGUCUUUAUAUACAGCCGGUAGAUGGAGAUCUAGUCGAUUUUUUAUGUGCCACUAUUGUAUAGUGUAUUAGGUUAUAUAUGAUUGGAAAGAUGCUAUUUCAUAUAUCAUUUAUUUUCAAAUAGAUUCAUUAUAGAUUUGAACAAUACUGACGCAUUCAAUCAAAUUUGAAAAUGAAUGAAAAUCAAGAACAUUUCUGACAUUCUUUAUUAUAAAAAAGGGAAAUUAUUAUUAUUAAAAAAGGGGAUUUAUUAUAAAAAAGGGAAGAAUGCUGCGAAAAUUGUCAUGUUUUUGAACAGAAUGCUCUAACUAGACAAACAACAGCGAACUGGUUUCGCUGAUUUUAUGAUGGAAAUUUCAACAUUAAAAAUACACGUCGUUUUGGUCGACUUAUUGUGAAAAGUUUCGAUAAAAUCUUCCAAAAAAUUGAAGAAAAUCAUGUGAAUAACUGUAACAUAGCUAACAAGCUAAACAAUUGAUCGUAAAACUGUUUUGGAGCAUUUGCAUAAGGCUGAAUACACAAAGAAGCUCGAUGUUUUGGUGCCACAUGAUUUGACAGUAAAAAAUUUAAUGGAUCGAAUUUCCAUUUUCAAAUCACUGCUGAAACGAAACGAAAUUGAGCCUUUCUGAAAAAAUUAAUAAUGGGCAAUGCAAGUGGAUAACAUAA